AAAUUGAUGCUAUUCUAAAUGCACAGACCAUAUUAACUAAGGAUGGAGACAUUCAGCGCUUCCUUGUUCGUUGGGAAGGCCGUCCUGAUUCUGAUUGUACUUGGCUCUCCAAAGAGACACUUCAACAGCUUGAUCCUGAUUUGUUGGAGCAUUAUAGGAGUCAAUACGAUCUUCCUUUACUCGGACCACCACCCUUGCGUGUAUAUCGACAUCGAAAGAAGUUUGUUCAACCGCUCAGUUUGUGGCUAGGAGAUUGAUAGCAGCCUUUUGUGAUCUACCUCCUCGACGGGGUCGAGUUUUUCUCCCACCCUGGGAGAGUUGAUGCGGACAACAUCCUUAUCGGGCCUUUUGUUGGAACAUUUUAUCUUUUAUUUAUUUUAAGCUUUAUGUCUUAUUGGGCUUGUAUAUGGGUUUGGCCCAAGCCCAAGUUUAUUAUUUUGGUAUUUAUAUUAUUGUAAUUUGGAUUGAAAGUCACUUUGGAUGAAAUGAAGGAUAUUUUGUGAUCGUCUCUCUCCUCUUCUCUCCAGUUUCCCCUCUCUUCUCCUCCUCUUCUUCCUCUUCUUCUUCUUCCUGCUUGAUUCUACAUCACUUAUUGCCCCUAAUAAUUGAGAAAAAAAACUCAGUAACCAACCAUUUCCAACAUCUGUCAUAUCCAGCAAUUAUUUUCAUUUUGAUUUAUGUUCAUCUAUUUUGAAAGAGGAAUGACGGUGUGAUGCUUAAAUCAUUUUUUAUACUUGCACCAACAAAUGAAAAACAUAUUGGUCAUUUCUCUGAACUUGUAUUCACUGUUUGAAACUGACAGAUGGGGAAGGUAUCCUCCAGAGGUCAGAACAGCCAUCCCCGUGGAUGGAAGAUUUGAACAUAUGGUCUUGUCUUGCAACGCUACGUCUGAUCAUGCUAUUAUUUGGAUAGAACGAGAGGCAGAACAUGCCCUAGAAAAACUGAAGGACCAUAGUACAGAAACCACCAUGGCACCGCCUAAAGUCCAAAAAUUUGACAGGAAGCAGACAAUUGAGAAAGAACACGAGGAUGCUUUAGAGAGGGCUGUGAGUCUGAAUAUACCCAAUGCUGCUACAACUACUGGAGAAGAAUCCUCAGGCAGCAUUGAAGGGUCAUCUUCAGGGGACAUGCAUAUCGAACCUUGUGAGGAUGAAACAGAGAAUUCCAAGGAAACUAAAACGCCAUCAAGUAAAAAUGCUAGAACUAAUUGGAACGAAGUAGUUGAGAAGCUUUUCAAGAGGAAUGAAUCGGGGAAACAGCUAUUGGUAGGAGAGACCUCUGUUACUGAAUAAUGCACAUUUUGAUUUUUAUUUUUUUACCUCAUAGAUAGGAUAUGGCCAUUUAGGUAAGUUUCGGUUCAAGAGACGUAUCUUCUUUCGGUUGUUUUUCUUGCCAUUAUUUCCUGUUCACAAGUUCUAUGUGCCUUCUGUACAACUAUUGAUGUAUAAUCCCUGGCUUGUGUAGGCUAAUGUACAUUUUCAGUGUAGUAAUUUAAACGGAACAGACCAUCCUUUGAAUGGCGCUACGUGAAUUGUCAAGAUUUAUUCUUGGAAUA